AUGGAGGACACCGAGUAUGAAAACUUUAACUUGAAUGACCUGAUAGAUGACCUAAAAAAUGUCACUUAUUCUUUUGAUGACACCUAUUGUUGUGAAGAAGGAGAUAUUUGUGACCUGACCGAGAGGAUGAGUUUUGAAUCCGUCUUCAUCCCAGUCCUGUACUCUUUGGCAUUUGUUGUGGGUAUUCUGGGAAAUGGAUUGCUGCUGGGAGUCCUGUUUCAGAGCAGGAAGACCUGGAGCGUGACAGACACCUUCAUCCUUCACCUGGGGAUUGCAGAUAACCUCCUGCUGGUGACUCUGCCCCUCUGGGCUGCACAGUCUGCUAAUGAGAAAGGAUGGACUUUUGAUAACUCACUCUGCAAAAUUACUGGAACUGUUUUUACGAUCAACUUCUACUGUGGGAUUUUUCUCCUGGCCUGCAUCAGUUUGGACCGUUACCUGUCCAUUGUCCACGCUACUCAGAUGUACACUCGCAGGAAGGCCUGGGUCGUUCAGGCCAGCUGCUUGAUGGUGUGGUUGCUGUCUCUGCUCCUCUCCAUCCCUGACUGGAUCUUUUUAGAAGUUGUGACAGAUGUCAGACGAGACAGAGCCGAGUGUGUUCGCAAUUAUUACAAAUUUGGUCUCCAGUACUCUUCCACCUUAAAACUAGCAGCACGAGGUUUGUACCACGCAGUGGGCUUUCUGCUCCCUUCAGCUGUCCUGGUCUUCUGCUACUCCUGCAUCCUGUGGCAGCUGCGGUGUGGCACCCAAGGCCUCCAAAAGCAGAGAGCUUUCAAAGUCAUUAUAGCUGUGGUGGCAGUUUUCUUUAUCUGCUGGACUCCAUACAAUAUCACUCUCCUGGUGGAUACAGUUCAGCAAGACAACGGUAGUACUUCAUGUGAAAUGAACACAUCUCUGGACAAAGCUCUGAUAGUGACCUCGUCACUGGGUUACCUGCACUGCAGCCUCAAUCCCAUCCUGUACGCUGUUAUUGAUGUUACGUUUAGGCACCAACUGCUGAACAUCUUGAGGUUUUGUGGAUGCAAGCAGCAGACAAACAUCUAAUUCAAAUCUGAAAAAAAACAUUACUUUGAGAUUGUGAAUGCCUCAAAAUUGUCCAAGCAAGCUUUUAAAUUGUGUUAA